AUGGCGGGAAUCGACGCGUUUUGGAAUCCCAUUUCCUGCACCUUGCAGCUCUACUUCAGUAGGGCGCAAAAAGCUCAAAAACAUACGACGGAGGCCUCUACCAACGCACCGAUCAUUGCGGGCAGCACCUACACAGGCGUUUCCACGAUUUUAUACCGACGGGAUCCCCUUCCAUCGGAAGCAACGAAAUAUCUUGACGACGGUUUGCGCGAGCCCAUCGUGCUGUCGGAGUACGAUGCCUUCUAUCAACAUCUCGCGCAUAUCUCGCGCGCAAACGGCCUCCACCUGCACGCCUGCACGGCAUCCCGCCCCACCCAAAAACGCUUUAUUCCCUUGGACAAUCUAUCCUAUCAGGUGCGCUGCUCAAACUCCAACACCCCGCUGAAGAUUCUCUCCAUCAUCGAGGAAGAGGGCGCCGAUGGGGAAGCGAACGAACGGGAAAAAGAAACGGGCAAAGGUCGUAAAGCUUGUAAAAAUCCUCAGCUUUUUGCGAAGAAAAAAACACUCGGUGGAAAUGCAAAAAACGUGGCGUCAGACAGCGCGAGCCCUUUUUCGCUUUUGGAAGCCGAAGGAUCGAAAAUUAUCGUCAUUGAAGGGAUGCCACUCGGGGUGGAGGUGGAGCUUGUGGUUCGUUUUCGCGGCGUCGUACAGGAAGGGGAUGUGGGAGCGAUUUACAGCCCCUAUACUAGUACUAGUACUACUAUUAAUAAUAAUAAUAAUACCGCUCGCACGAACCUGGUUGAGCAAUCCUCUGCUUCUCUUUUCCGUAGCUUUCCCGUUUUGACCCAUUUUGAGGUGGCCCUCGCGCGCUGGGCCUUUCCCUGCCCUGAUCACCCGCAAUACCGAAUUCAAUGGCAGCUGCGAACCCUCCAGCUUCCCUCGAUCUACCACACGGUGGUAGGAAACACUUCUAUGGGGGAAAUCGCUUCUUUUUCUUCCGCCACGGUGGAAGAAAAGGGUGACGUGCGGUAUCGCGGCGGCCUUUGCGGGCCUUUUCCGGCCUACCUCCUCGCUUUUGCGGCCUUCGCGGGCCCCCACACGCUGCCGAUGGCUUCGGGCCGUCUUCAAAUCGCACGCGCCGAACAUUUUUGCCAGCCCCCGCCUGCGAAUUGUCAAAUCGAGGGAAAUUCCCCCACAACAACAAUCAUCGAAAAAGACGAAAACUGCGCGGACGGCCUGGAGCUUCGCGUUAUCGCCACGGUGGAAAGUGGGGUGCCGAUGGAAACUUUAACGCGCGUUUGGCAUGUCGUGUGGGAAGUGGUUCGUCUUUUGCAGGACUUUUUUCACAGCCCUCUUCCGCUUCUUGCGUGCGAUACGCUGACGGUUCUUUUGGUGCCGAUGAUGCCUUAUAUCUCUGGUAUGGAGCACCACUGCUGUGUGUUUCUCAAUGAAACCAUGUUCACGCCGAAGAAUAGCGGAAAUGCGAAGAAAAGUGGAAAAGAGAAUCACGCCGCCGAAAUCGAGCAAGUGGAACUCAUUGCGCAUGAAAUGGUGCAUCAUUGGAUGGGAAAUGCCGUUGGCCUUCCUUUCGCGGUGAAGGAGGGGGUUUGCAUGGUGCUCGAACGGGUCUUUGCGGAUCACGUUUUAUACGGAAAACAAAAACGGCGUGUUGCUGGGCUUCAAACAGGAAAUGAAGCUACCCCAGCCGCGACGAAGGCGGGCUGCGAGGCGCUUCAGAAAGGUUCGCAACCCAUGAAAAUCAUUCCGGAUCCUCAAAAGGGAAAGGAAUUCACGGGUGCCUCCUAUCAGCGUGCGCAGCUUAACGUGCAGGAAGCGAUUGAGAUCUGUGGGUUUGCUAAAUUUCGAAUAAUGCUUCUUCAAAUGGUUCGUCAAUGCGUUCUUGAACCUCUAAUGGUGGAUCAAACCUACGGCAACAUGACCACAGCGUAUCACACAUACACAACUACACCCUCUGACGAUACUAAAAUUGUAAACUUUCAAAACUACUGGUCGUGUGAGCAAUUCCUUCGUUCCAUAGAGCAGGCGGAUGAAAAAAAGGCAAAACCAGAAGAAAACGGGAAAAAGAACUGA